AUGGAGACCCCCAGGGACAUGGAGACCCCCAAGGACAUCAUCAGGACCCCCAGGGACAACGGGACCCCCAAGGACAUCAUCAGGACCCCUUUCUUGCCCCCCUGUGCCACACUCCCCGAGGGGGGUUUCCCGGGGGGUUCCCCUCGGGGCAGAGCCCCCAAGGUGGGUGUCGGGCUGGUGGGGAAGCGCCGAAGCCUCCAGGAACCCCCCAGAUCCUCGGCCCCGGAGAGGAAACACAUCUGCCCCGAGUGCGGGAAGGGCUUCGGGAAGAGCUCCAACCUCGUGGUUCACCGUCGCACCCACACCGGGGAGAAGCCCUACAAGUGCUGCGGCUGCGACAGGAGCUUCAGCGACCGCUCCAACCUGGCCAAGCACCAGCGUGUCCACGCCAAGAGGCGGCUGCUGAGCUGCGGGGAGUGCGGUGGGAGCGGGAGCGAGGCGGGGGCUGGAGCCCCCCAUCCAGCGGAGCCGCCCCGGGGGGGAGCUGCGGGGGAGUGCGGGGAGUGCGGUGGGAGCGGGAGGGAGCCGGGGCUGGAGCCCCCCGGCCAGCGGAGCCGCCCCGGGGAGAGCUGCGGGGAGUGCGGGGAGUGCGGUGGGAGCGGGGGCGAGCCGGGGCUGCAGCCCCCCAUCCAGCGGAGCCGCCCCGGGGAGUGCGGUGGGAGCGGGAGGGAGCCGGGGCUGGAGCCCCUCGGCCAGCAGAGCCGCCCCGGGGGGAGCUGCGGGGAGUGCGGGGAGUGCGGUGGGAGCGGGAGGGAGCCGGGGCUGCAGCCCCCCAUCCAGCGGAGCCGCCCCGGGGGGAGCUGCGGGGAGUGCGGGGAGUGCGCGGGGGGCGAGCCGGGGCUGGAGCCCCCCAUCCAGCGGAGCCGCCCCGGGGAGUGCGGUGGGAGCGGGAGGGAGCCGGGGCUGGAGCCCCCCAUCCAGCGGAGCCGCCCCGGGGGGAGCUGCGGGGAGUGCGGUGGGAGCGGGAGCGAGCCGGGGCUGCAGCCCCCCAUCCAGCGGAGCCGCCCCGGGGGGAGCUGCCGGCGCUGCGGGGAGAGUGCGGGGCCGCGCGGGGAGCCCGAGGACAGGCUCUACCAGUGCCCCAAGUGCCAGAAGCGCUUCAAGACGCGCUCCAUCCUCAUCACCCACGAGGCGCUUCACACCGGGGAGCGACCCUUCCCCUGCCCCGACUGCUCCAAGCGCUUCGUGCGCAAAGCCGACCUGGCGGUGCACCGGCGCAUCCACAGCGGCGAGAAGCCCUUCUCGUGCCCCGAGUGCGGCAGGAGCUUCAACCACCGCUCCAACCUCUUCACCCACCUCAGGAGACACUCCGGGGACAAACCCUUUCCCUGCGGCCAGUGCGCCAAGCGCUUCGUGCACCGCGCCGAGGCGGCGGCUCACCGGCGCAGCCACGGCACCGAGCGACCCUUCGGCUGCGGCCGCUGCGGGAAGCGCUUCAAGGGCCGCACGGCGCUGGCGCGACACGAGCUGCUGCACGGCGGGGAGCGCCCGUUCCCCUGCCCGCGGUGCGGCAAACGCUUCCCGCAGAGCGCCGAGCUGCUGGCUCACCAGCGCUUCCACAGCGGGGAGAAGCCGUUCCGCUGCCCGCAGUGCGCCAAGCUCUUCUGCAGCGGCUCCAGCCUGGCCAAGCACCGCCGGUGGCACCGGGGCGAGAAGCCCUUCGAGUGCCGGGAGUGCGGCAGGAGCUUCGCGCAGAGCACGGCGCUGCUGGAGCACUGGCGCACGCACACGGGCGAGAAGCCGUUCCUGUGCCGGGCUUGCGGCAAGAGGUUCGGUAGAAGCUCCAACCUCGUGGUUCACCAGCGUGUGCACGGCCGGGGGAGAGCGGGGGAUGCGGCGCUGGGCAGCCGGGAGGAGGAGGAGGGUGAUGGGGAGGGGUGGGAGGGGGGAGCGAGGCAGGGGGUGGUGGAGGAAGAGAGGGGUUGA